CGGAAGUCCGUUCUCGGCGUUGCUACGUCGCCUUAGCAACCGUCCCCCGUCGCCCUCCGUCCUCCACCUCAAAUCCUUCCGGCCUUCCCCGCUGGCCCCGGCACUUGAGUUCCGACCUCGAGGCAGGUAUCUCGACAAAUAUAUAUAUAUUUAGCUACGCAAAGAUUAUACACGCACGUUUCCGGGUGUGGGUGUUUGUGCGGCGGCGGCUGCUGCUGCAACGCGGUGGUAGCGGAGACAGACGUCGUUUUCUACGGUGCAGUGGCUGUGACUGACACCCCCCCCAACCUUGAGGAGGCGGAGGGAAGAACCCCUAGGCUUUGCAAAAAGUAGGUUGGCUUCCCUUUUCUUCGGGAAAGGGGUGCUCGUUGUAACGAGACCGAAGUGCUGCUCUCUAUUUAUUUGGGGAUCCGGGGGGGGAGUGCGGGGGGGGGUUGGAGGCCCCGAAGAUCUCCCAUUAAGGAGGGGAGGGCAAUGGAGGUUUUCCUUGUCCCCCCCCCCGAGGUUCUUCCUCGGACCCUCUCCCAAGUUGCUUCUUUGCCCGAUCCUGUGCAUGGUUUAACAAAAGCGAUAGUAAUGUGUGAGAUCGUAACAGUUGUUGUUUUGUAUUCGCACCAAUUUACAACAGGAACGCACAGCAAUAAUCAUCAUAAUAAAAACGCAGUGCGAGCGAUCAGCUUAAGAGCUGACAAAGUGUAAACAAGAUUUGAUGGAUGCAGUAAUGGAAUACUGAACGGUAUAGUUUUUGUAAUUAUUAUUAUUAUUAUUAUUUAUACCCCACCCAUCUGGCUGGGUUUCCCCAGCCACUCUGGGUGGUUCCCAACAGAAUAUUAAAAACAUGAUAAACGAUGAAACUUUAAAAACUUCCCUAAACAGGGCUGCCUUCAGAUGUGUUCUAAAAGUCAGGUAGUUGUUUAUUUCCUUGACAUCUGAUGGGAGGGCGCAACACAGGGCAGGCACCACUACUGAGAAGGCCCUCUGCCUGGUUUCCUGUAACCUCACUUCUUGUAUGCAGGGAUUUAGUAUAUGUAAAAUGAACCAUGGAAAGAGAAGAAGGGAAGUCAUUGAUGUCUUAAGGAUGUAAAAGGAGUAUUUUAAAUUGUAAAACAGAAAACUUAAUAAAAUUAUAUACCAAAAAAAGAGAGAGCAGUGAUGCAAAACAUAGAAUGCAUUCAUUCGAAAGUUCUGAUGGAUCCAAUAUGGAACUUACUUUCGAGCAAGCAUGUGUUUACCCAUUGUUUUCAUUGAGGUUUAUUCUAAGGUAAGUACGCAUAGGAUUGUGGCCUUAAAAUCGAAAUGGUGCUUUUAGAGCAAGCAGGCCCCAGUAAUUUUGGUGAAGAACAAUGUACUUCUCCUGGGCUUGCAGGUUUACAGUUUGAUUUUAGAGUGUUGAUCACCCUGUAGGAUUUACCCUCAAGGAAAUGCAUGUAGGCCUUAGUUCUUAAUAAAGUUAAGCAAAGAUGUGUUUUGGAGCUUAAAGCAAUAUGGGCACAGGUUUUCAGACAACUUGACCUUGGGCAUCUAGUCGAUGUGAUGCCUCAACUUUGUUAUGAGGCAAAAUGAAAACCUGGAGUCUCCUCAACUGCAAGAAUACAGUAUUUGCUUACUCUCCAGUCACUUAAGGCUGUGUUUAUAACAACAGAGCACACAUUGAAUAGAUCAACCUUUCUCAACUUCAGGUCCUCAUCUGUUGUUAGACUACAACUCCCAUCAUUCCUGGCUAGCAGAACCAGUGAUCAGGGAUGAUUUGAGUAGGCAACAAGAUACAAUGAAGAUAAGGACUGGGUCACUGGGGGAAAUCAGAAUUCUCCAACUGCUUUGAUCUCCUUGGGUUGCAAACAACACCCAGUUAUUGUACCACUCCAGUGAAUUACCAGUGUGGUUCCUGAACAUGUGGAAGUCAUUUCUUCCCCUUCCCGCAUUUUCUCAAAAUGUUGUAGAAUGAUCCUCAGUUGUACUUUCCUAGUUGCUGAACUGCUUGAUUUUAGAAAGCAGCAAGUACUUCCAGCAUCUGUGAGAAAGGCAUGAUCUUAUAUUUCCUGUGUGUGGUAUUAGUGCAAUCCACAAGUUGGGCUGGUGUUGAAUUGGAGGAGGGAGACUUAGAAGUGGAAUCUGUCAUUUUAAAUAUCAGCUAAGAAAUCUUGGUAAUGGUUAUGGACCUGCAUACACACUGCACCAUUAAAACACAUUUGAAGUGCAUCUCCCUACCCCCCCCCCAAAAAAAAAGAAUUCUGGGCAAUGUAUUUACCUCUUUUAUUGUUACAAUUCCCAGCAACCUGUUGACAAACUACAGUGCCAAGAAUUAUUUGAGGGGAGAAAUGUGCUUUAAAGGUAUACAGUGGUACCUUGGGUUACAUACGCUUCAGGUUACAGACUCCGCUAACCCAGAAAUAGUACCUCGGGUUAAGAACUUUGCUUCAGGAUGAGAACAGAAAUCGUCCUCUGGCAGCAGCAGGAGGCCCCAUUAGCUAAAGUGGUGCUUCAGGUUAAGAACAGUUUCAGGUUAAGAACGGACCUCCGGAACGAAUUAAGUACUUAACCUGAGGUACCACUGUAGUGUGUAUGCAGUCCAAGUAACAGUGAUCCAACUUGGCUUUAAGGUUCUUGGCCAGAAAUUUGCGACUGUGAUCAGCAGUUGGAAUGAAGCAUUCAUUAAUACAAGAUGUGCCUGAGUUCCACUGACAAAAUGUGAAAGAUGUAAUUUAUUUGCUCAACUUUGCAGGUACAGUGAUACCUUGGUUCUCAAACUUCAUCCGUUCCGGAAGUCCAUUCCAAAACCAAAGCAUCCUUUCUCAUAGAAAGUAAUGCAAAACGGAUUAAUCUGUUUCAGACUUUUAAAAACAACCCCUAAAACAGCAAUUUAACAUAAAUUAUCUAACGAGACCAUUGAUGCAUAAAAUGAAAGCAAUAAUCAAUGUACUGUACUAUAAAAUAAGACAGUAUUGUAGAUGAUAAAAACUACAAUUAAUUUUUUUUCUUACCUGCACUGAUAAUAGUCAUUGUUUGGAUGGGGGGCUUUUAUCCAUUCCCGCAGUCACACAAUCAAUCAAUCAGUAGCUGAACUGGGUUCCACACAGUCACAAAAACAAAUGAACCGAAAAAGCCUCAAAAACAAAAACGCAAAAUAAAUAAUAAAAACAAAAAGCGCCAAACUUAAUCCAUUCUGGAAGUCUGUUUGACUUCCGAUAUGUUCGAAAAUCAAGGUGCAGCUUGUGAUUGGUGCAGGCGCCCCGGAAACAAUAUUCGACAGCUGCAUUGGACAUUCAGCUUCCAAAAAACAUUUGAAAACCGGAACUCUUGCGAGUUUUCGGAGUUUGGGAACCAAGGUGUUUGAGUACCAAGGUGUUUGAGAACCAAGGUACCACUGUACUUUUCCAUGAGAUCACAGAGAUGUCGCCUUUCCUGUUGUCAGCAGUAUCCACUAUGGAUAUAUAUGGAUAUAUAUGGCUAAUGGAGUGCAUUAGAAUCUGGGUGGCUUGUUGCAAAAAUCCAAAAAGGUUCCUGUACCUUCAGAAGUUAGGUGAUGUAUUUUGCAUCUGACCACCCUAUGUACAAUACCUUGUGCCAGAACCUCUGUGCUCUGAGUGAAGAAAGAACUAGCUUGAACACAACUGAGAUGGUUCAUGGGAAGAAACCUGCACGGUCUUAGUUUCAUACGCCUGUGCGCAUAUCCCCCUCCCUCCAUGUAAUGUGUGGCAUAGGUGCUGCAUAUGUUAACUUGUCUCAAGCAAUGUAAAUUCAGAGUGACAACUUUGCAGGUACAUUUUCAGGAGACUGUGGAAGUUUUUGCCUUUCCUUUGUUAGCAGCGUUCACCCGUAUGGUCUCAAUGACAGCCCUUUGGGGCUUCAGAUUUAAACACCAAUCUGCCAUGAGACAUUAUAGUAAAACGAAUCAGUUUGUAGGCUGGGAAUGCAUAACAAAUUAAAAUAACUUCCUGCUCUCUCGCUGAGGAAUCUGCGUGGUUAGAAGGUUUUAGCCCAAACCUGAGAUGCUUUCUUCGCACACUUUGCAAGCUUUCCAGAGUAAACGGACUCAAUUUUUCCCCCCAUUCAGGAGGAGAAAGCACUAAAACUGCAAAUUGGAAGUGAGGUUUGUUACAUGAAAACAACAAAAACAAAUUUAGUACCGUUGCUGUGUUCUUCCACCAAGAAAAGUGACGGUUCCAAGUUUUGUGAAGCUGGAAAGUUAUCGCUUUCUUUAAAAAGUACCACUACAUAAACAGCCAUUACAAAUGUUAACUCCAGACGGUUGGCAAAAUAUAUAAACUAGCAAUGUUCCGUGGACAAUGUUUACAGAGAAAAUGUUAUAAUUGCUUUGUUUUUGCAUUUGUAGGGCUACUUGACUUUUCCAAAGGUUUGGGUUGUGGUACAUGCAUUUACCUGGAGCGAAGCCACCCCACUGAACUCAGUGGGUCUUAUUUCUGAGUAAACAUAUAUAAGAUUGCACUGUUAUAGGCUAAAUAACCUGCUUAUCUGUAAUUUUGUCUCGGCCAUUCAAGAUAAGCACCUUAAUGUAUUCAUAUUUAUGCAUAAGUGUCUGUCUACCUAGUUACCUAUUUGUUUUUAAGUGUUUUCCCACCACCUGGCCCACUAAGGCCCUUAAGUGACUUAGGAAAUAAGAAUACAGUAACAUAAGAAGCCCAGCAAAAUACAUUUACAAAUACAGCUAAAUUGGUUUUUUUUAAAAACACAUUGUCAUAUCAGUGUAGGAAACUACUGUGUUGUACUCAUCAGUUGGGCCCUAGAAUUAAAACCCUAGAGAAGCAGAUAUUUAAACUAUUGAGAAGCAGAUGUUUAACAACCAAGGCUUAAGCAGGAGAUAAUUCUCAAAAUCUGCCUAUGAGAGAUGUGGGACAAAAGGUAGAUCCUGCUUUCCAUUGGAUUACCUUAUGGCCCAAUGUGGGGAAGAAGGACUGUAGCUCACUGGCCAGAGUGUUUGCUUUAAAUGCAGACAGUCUCUAAGUAGGGCUAGGGAGAGACUCUGCCAAUCAUUGCAGGCAGUACUGAGCUAUGGUCCAGUGGCCUGACUCUGUAUCAGGCAGCUUCCAAUAUUCCUCCUAAGCCACUGUCAUGCAUUGAAUUAGGUGUUUUGCACACUCCACUGCAAACCAACCUAAAUGCAGGCUAGCGGUGUCACAUCAGAAGCUGAAUCUGGCUUUUUGGCAGGCCCAGUCAGCACUAAACAAAUGUACUAAAUUAAAUACACGUUUUCCCCCCCAAAGAUACGUGUAUGUGAAACUUGCAGUCAUCGGGAAGACAUUAAGACUGCAAUCUUGUACCCAGUCCUCAGAAGAUAUGUCCCACCAUAAAGUGUUCCAAAAAAGAAGACCUUCGAAAAGCACCCCUAGUUUUUUGUUUUUGUUUUUUAAAAUCAAAAUAGCCAUUGACUUAAGUUGAUCUAAAAUCAUAAAAGUUUUGCUGUGACUGUCAAAAUGUUUCUGUGAAAAUUGGCCCUUGUUGAAAGCCGCUGUGAUUUUUAUUCUCCCUGUAACAGGUCCAAGGAUAUUACUUGAAAGUAAGAUGUCUUUCAAUUCACCUGUGAUUUCAGAAGAUGACCAAAAGAGCCACCAGGGAAUAAAAAGAAAUUUUGAAGGCCUGAAUAGUUUAGAUUCACAGACUACGUCGAUGUUGCAGGAAACACCACUUGAAAACCUGCAUCUAGCGCCUCAGACUGUUCUUGAAAGAGCCCCAAAACAAGGGAGAUCAAAAUGUCCCAGAUGUAAUAGUUCAAGGAUGUUCUAUUGUUACACAUGCUAUGUUCCAGUUGAAACUGUUCCCACUGGAGAAAUUCCUGUUGUGAAGGUUAGUGCAAGAUAUAUCUUAUUUUUGAUCUAAUUUGUCAAUUUUAGCAAGUUUUGGUCACAGUGAAUCAUUCUAAUAAACGAACUGGGGAAGAAUGAAGUGAGACUCAUGUUUUUGCAAUAUAGUUUUAAAAACAAGCUGCGGCAACCCAAAACUCUGUUUUUCUUCAGAGCUUGCUACAGGCUUGCCAAACUCUAGUGGUACAAGAAGAAGAGGGGCCCCUGAUUCCAGAUGGAAUCCCUAGUACUGCAAAUCAGUUGCUAUCCAAGGUCCUUUUUAAUAGGAAAGUUGUCUUUCUGAGACCUUGGAGAUGACCUCCAGUUAGAGUAGGUUGGGUAAAAGGCAGUAACAUAUUUCAUUCAGUCAGUCUGCACCCUGCUGCUUUGACCCAUAGGGCUCAGAAACAAUUUAUUUUGGUGGAAGUUGUCUGGUCAUUGUGUGUUCCCACUGCUUUAAGCAGAUCUGCUGAGGAAAGCAGUGAUUUUUAAUAUGCACUGAUGCAAAGUGUGUGUAUCUUGUGCACUGCUGCCUGUAAGGUAAAGGUAAAGGGACCCCUGACCAUUAGGUCCAGUCGUGACCGACUCUGGGGUUGCGGCACUCAUCUCACUUUAUUGGCCGAGGGAGCCGGCGUACAGCUUCUGGAUCAUGUGGCCAGCAUGACUAAGCUGCUUCUGGUGAACCAGAGCAGAGCACGGAAACGCCAUUUACCUUCCCGCCGGAGCGGUACCUAUUUAUCUACUUGCACUUUGACGUGCUUUCGAACUGCUAGGUUGGCAGGAGCAGGGACCGAGCAACGGGAGCUCACCCUGUUGCGGGGAUUCAAACUGCUGACCUUCUGAUCGGCAAGUCCUAGGCUCUGUGGUUUAACCCAUAGCGCCACCCGCGUCCCCUCUGCUGCCUGUACCCAAAUGCAAAAUGUUCAGCCAGUUACUUACUUUUUCUUAUGAAAUGGAAUGGGGAGUGCCUUUUCUUCUAUAUAUGUACUUGUGCUCUUGGUUGCAGCUUCCAUUGAAAAUUGACAUCAUUAAGCAUCCCAAUGAAACGGAUGGCAAAAGCACAGCUGUACAUGCCAAGCUCCUGGCGCCCGAAGAAGUUACCAUUUACACAUAUCCUUGUAUUCCAGACUACGAAGGAAUGAGACACGAAGUAAGGGGUUGUUUAGACGUAGCAUGGGGGAGAUACUUGAUUUUUUCCUUCCUCUUUCCUUCUUGCUUAUGCCUAUGAAAUCCACAAUGCUGCUAGUGUUCCAAAUUUCCACAAAGAGAAUAUCAGGGCUCACCUGGAGUUCGGAAUCCCUUCUGCACAUAGAAAAGGGGAAAAAUAAGUGGCUUGUUUGCUCCCCCACUCUCCACUUCUCUAAAUUAUACACCACAAUUGCCCAGUUACCAUAUUUUAUAUUGCAUUUGCCACUUGUAUUGGGUUCCUCCUGAUUUGACAGGCAAGAUAUUAUACUUUUUGCUUUUCUAAGACCUGAUGUACACAAUAUCUACUCUGGAGAUACAGUGGUACCUCGCAAGACGAAUGCCUCUCAAGACGGAAAAACUCGCAAGACGAAAGAGUUUUUCGUUUUUUGAGUUGCUUCGCGAGACGAAUUUCCCUAUGGGCUUGCUUCACAAGACGGAAACGUCUUGCAAGUUUGUUUCCUUUUUCUUAAAACCGUUACAGUAAUACAGGGUGCAUUGCUUGAAGAGGUGCAGUUGCGACUUGACUUCGGGGAGCAACUCAUAGCACGCGGUGUGGUAGCCUUUUUUGAGGUUUUUGAAGAUUUUUUUGAAAAAAUUGAAACCGUGCUUCGCAAGACGAAAAAACUCGCAAGACGAAAAAACUCGCAGAACGAAUUAAUUUCGUAUUGUGAGGCACCACUGUACUUUACCUACAGAGGGAAGGAUAUGUAUGCACCUACGUAGGUCUACACCAGGGACGAUUAACCUGUGGCCCUCCACAUUUACUUAUUAAAAUAUUUAUAUACUGCUAUGUAAUUAUAUAAAGGUAAAGGGACCCCUGACCAUUACGUCCAGUUGUGGCUGACUCUGGGGUUGCUGCGCUCAUCUCGCUUUAUUGGCCGAUGGAGCCAGCAUACAGCUUCCGGGUCAUGUGGCCAGCAUGACUAAGCUGCUUCUGGCAAACCAGAGCAGCACAUGGAAACACCAUUUACCUUCCCGCCGGAGCAGUACCUAUUUAUCUACUUGCACUUCGUGCUUUCGAACUGCUAGGUUGGCAGGAGCAGGGACCAAGCAAUGGGAGAUUCGAACCGCCAACCUUCUGAUUGGCAAGUCCUUGGCUCUGUGGUUUAACCCACAGCGCCACCCACGUCCCACUAUGUAAUUACAUAUAUAUAUAAAUCUAAAAACAGAAAGCUAAAAACAGACAUCAGUGAGAGCCAUGCUUGCACAGAGUUUGAGAGUCAUGUGGAGAAAGAUGGUUCUUAGGAGAUUUGGCAUGGUUAGGGUACGGGGUAGAAGGAAGCAUUGGUGGAGGACCAAACUAAGCAGGCCAGGGGUGUUGCCCUAAAUGCCCUAGUCCAUUUGAACAACUUGGGGUCUCCCCGGACUAGGUUCCUGAUAGGGACUUGCCCCAGCUAGCUAGAUUAUAAUUAGGCAGGAGCUGGAUCUAAAUCUCUUCCCCACAACAAGGAAGGAGAAUGUGAGCUCUUAGCUGAUGAGAGGGAGCAGGGAGGCAAUGCCUGUACACAAGGCCUUUUUCCUCAAGAGAAUUUUUCUGUGACGAGUUGGAAGGCCUGCAAAAUUCUUAAUACUUCCCUUGGUGGGGGGACAGAAUAGAAUACCGCAUGGGGACUUCUGAGGUGUUCUGAGGCACCCUGGAGGCGCAGGUUAAUUCUGUGUCCAGGGCGGCUGUCUACCAGCUCCACCUGGUACGCAGGCUAAGACCCUACCUGCCUGCAAACUGUCUCACCAGAGUGGUGCAUGAUCUAGUUAUCUCCCGCUUAGACUACUGCAAUGCGCUCUAUGUGGGGCUACCUUUGAAGGUGACCCGGAAACUGCAAUUAAUCCAGAAUGCGGCAGCUAGACUGGUGACUGGGAGUGGCUGCCGGGACCACAUAACACCGGUCCUGAGAGAUCUGCAUUGGCUCCCAGUACACUUCCGAGCACAACUCAAAGUGUUGGUGCUGACCUUUUAAAGCCCUAAACGGCCUCGGUCCUGUAUACCUGAAGGAGCUUCUCCACCCCCAUCGUUCAGCCCGGAUACUGAGAUCCAGCGCUGAGGGCCUUCUGGCGGUUCCCUCAUUGCGAGAAGUGAGGUUACAGGGGACCAGACAGAGGGCCUUCUCGGUAGUGGCACCUGCCCUGUGGAACGCCCUCGCAGCAGAUGUCAAGGCAAUAAACAACUAUUUUACUGUUAAAAGACAACUGAAGGCAGCCUUGUUUAGGGAAGUUUUUAAUGUCUGACGCUGUAUUGUUUUUAAUAUUCUGUUGGGAGCUGCCCAGAGUGGCUGAGGAAACCCAGCCAGAUGGGUGGGGUAUAAAUUAAUAUAUAAUAUAAUAAUAUAAUAUAAUAUAAUAAUAAUACUGCGACAAGUUCACUUUUUGUAGGGGUGGGUAGGAUGUGACACAAACACACACACACACCCUGCCCACCAGCAGUUGUUGCUUCUGGGUGUCAGAGAAAUUGGUUAGUCCAGCUUGUGAGCAGGCAAAGAGUCUGCCCUGCAUCUAUCCAUUUUUUCCUGCAUGUUUUAUGAGAGGGAGGAUCAUGUUACAGCCCUGUCACUUGCUCUUUUGUUGGUUCCUGUUGACAUUAGUGUUUAUGAAGAUGCUGUGCUGAGAGGUAGUUCUGGGGUUUUUUUAGUAGCUGUGGUACCUUGCACGGAUCCCUCCCAUCCCAAAUAACUCCAACAUUGUGUCUGUUUUUCUUCUAGAUUGCACUUAUCUUUCCUGGGCCUAAUUCAGUUUCAAUAAAUGACAUUCCCCUCUGUUUGCAAAACAAAUCUAAGAAGAGGGUUGGCUGUGACGAGGACUCACCAGCAGAACCAGUCCUCAAAUGUGCGAAAACAGAGUCAGGCAGUGAAAGCGACUUGGGCGAACACCAGUUUCAUAGCAUGAGCAGAAAUGCUCCGUUGAAGAGAAUUGUAUUUAUUGAUAGCACCUGGAAUCAAACGAACAAAAUAAUCACAGAUGAGAGGCUCCAAGGUAUGUUAAUACCAAAUUCUAAAGCCCAGUGCUGCAGAUUAAUAAAAGUGCAAAUCGAAGGGAUGUGCUUGACACAUCAGUCUCAUUACCGCUAUGCAUGAACAAAUUGAACAAUCCAUACAGAUGAAGCAAUGGAUCCCCAUAGCUAUACAUGGGCAUGGUUCUAGUCGCAAUUAAAUGCCUUGUGGUCCAACACCAGGUACAGUCCCUUGCAUCCAGCCCCUAAGUGGACUGGUUUCCUGAUUAGAGAAAUGAAAUUGUCGUUAUAUUUGUUUAUAUCCUGCCUUUUUCGUGUACUGGGACUCAAGGCAGCUUCCACAAAUCAAAACAACACAGAUAAAACACAAAAGGAUAAAAGAUUAACGUUAAAAUGUAAUUAAACUCUAGUAGAAUUUUAAAAAUAUAAGAAACAAAUCUAUUGAAAUAAGGGUAAUAAAAAUAGAACAGCACUAUUAAAACCCUUUCCUUAAAAAACAGUCAGUUCUCAAAGGCUGAUUGGAAUUAAUGAUCAUCAUCAGAGGGUAGAGGGCCUUCUCGGUUGUGGCGCCUGCCCUGUGGAAUGCCCUCCCAUCAGAUGUCCAGGAAAUAAACAACUCUCUGACUUUUAGAAGACAUCUGAAGGCAGCCCUGUUUAGGGAAGUUUUUAAUGUUUGAUGUUUUGUUGCUUUUUAAAAUUAUUAUUAAUAUUGGGAACUGCCCAGAGUGGCUGGGAAAACCCAUCCAGAUGGGCGGGGUAUAAUUUUAUUAUUAUUAUUAUUAUUAUUAUUAUUAUUUUAUUUUAUUAUUAUUAUUUAUUUAUUAUUUAUUAUUUAUUAUUUAUUAUUUAUUAUUUAUUAUUAUUUAUUAUUUAUUAUUUAUUAUUACAGUGGUUAAGAACUUAAUUUGUUCUGGAGCUCCAUUCUUAACCUGAAAUUGUUCUUAACCUGAGGUCCCACUUUAGCUAAUGGGGCCUCCUGCUGCUGCCGCCACACAAUUUCUGUUCUCAUCCUGAAGCAAAGUUCUUAACCCAAGGUACUAUUUCUGGGUUAGCAGAGUCUGUAACCUGAAGUGCCUGUAACCUGAAGCGUCUGUAACCCGAGGUACCACUGUAUUAUUUUUAGUAAUAGUAGUACCCUACCCAUCUGACUGGGUUGCCCCAGCCACUCUGGGCGGUUUCCAACCUAUAUAAAAAGAUAAUAAAGAAUUAAAAAGCUUCUACCUGCUAGUGCAGGCAUAGGCAAAUUCAGCCCUCCAGCUGUUUUGAGACUAUAAUUCCCAUCAUCCCUGACCACUGGUCCUGUUAGCUAGGGAUGAUGGAAGUUGUAUUCCCAAAAUAUCUGGAGGGUCGAGUUUGCCUAUGCCUGUGCUAGUGGAAAAGCAACUAGAAGGGAGCCUGUCUAACUUUUCUAGAAAGGGGGUUUCAAAAUCUGUGAGCAGCCACCAACCAGGUCCUCUCUGUCUUCCCACCAACCAUGCCUGUGAGGGUGGUGGGACCAAAGAUCUUAAAAGCCUGGGCAGGUUCCUUCAGAUAGCCUUGGCCAUAACCAACACUUGAGAUUGCCCGGAAACAGACCAGUAGCCACCCGAGCUGUUGUAACAAGGGAGUUGCAUGCUUCCUAUAACCAGAGCUCCCCUCUGCCUGAGAGCGUCUGGCAACGGUUCUUAACCUGUGGGUCCCCAGAUGUUGUUGGACUACAACUCCCAUCAUCCCUGAGCUCUGGCCUUGCUAGCUAGGGAUGAUGGGAGUUGAAGUCCAACAACAUCUAGGGACCCACAGGUUGAGAACUUCUAUAUCAGUCUGUUACCAGUAGGUGAUUUGAGACAUAUGUACAAUUUAGCGCAUACAUGUUCCGUUUCGUUACCUCUCUUAAUGCAGGAUUGCUGCAAAUUGAACUGAAGUCGCGGAAAACCUGCUUUUGGCGUCAUCAGAAAGGAAAGCCAGAGACGUACCUGUCUACCAUCGAAGCAAUUUAUUAUUUCCUAGUCGACUAUCAUAAGGAAUUCUUGAAAGAAAAAUAUGAAGGACAGUAUGACAACCUCCUUUUCUUCUUCUCGUUUAUGUACAAAUUGAUAAAAAAUGCCAAGUCAGCAGGAAAAGACUAAGGCAAUACUGUAUAUUUUUCAUGUGAAUAACAAAAAUCAGUUCCCUAAAAUAUUCCCUAUGAUCCAUUGUACUUUAUGCUUUUAAACUUAUUAGUAACAAUUGAAUUAAAUAAAUUGCACAGUUGGCUAGAGGGUUUUUUUGUUUGUUUGUAAGAAUGCAAAAUGUUCCUGUCCUUUUUAGUUCAAUCCUAAAUCCAACCCCAUGACUUAUCAUCUGAGGCAAAUCUCUCUUAUGGUUGCCAAGAGACUCCAAAUGGUCUGGGGACUUUACUGCCCUUGCUACAUUUGAACAUAUUUUUUUAUAAGCACCAAUUUGGAUGUUUGGAGGGUUUAUAUCAACUUACAUAUUUUAGAGAGAAGUACUGAUGGCUGUUAUGUUUUCAAUGCGAACUGACAGCGUAUAUUGUUUUGUUGGGGGGAUUUUCUGUCUCUUUUAUCUUCCCCCACUUCUUUGCUAAAUUUGACACUUAAAAAAAAGCUGGACUGUUAUGGGAGUGUUGCCUGAAAUAAAACUGAGCCCGUUGCCUCUAAAUAGAAAUGUUUUCAGACUGUAAUAAGCAGGGAAAAUGCCAACAUAGAGUCUCUUUUCUUAAACAUAGUAAAACUUAGUUCAGCUGUUUCACUCUAUAGGAAUGCGCACUUCACCGUCAGGGAUGACUUAAUCCCGGUGAUGUAACUGUUUACUAAAAAAUGAUUGGAACAAUAUUUCAGUAGACCAAAAAAAAUAAAUAACAAAAAUCCAGGCUAAUGUAUUCAGCAGGAUGCCAAUGGUAAACAUGCUUGGGUCUAAAUUAAGCUGUAAAAUUGCUUUGGUAAUAUUAUAAUAGCAGGUUUACUAUAAUGACUACUUCUAUGUCCAUUUCAGGUUGACAGCUUUGGUACUGCCAAACAAAAGUUUCCUGCUGGAUUCUGAAAUAAAUUUACCAGGAGAAACAUACAUUUGCAGAGAAAGGUGCAUUUCCUUCCAACUAAAGUUGGAAGGCUUGCAACGGAAUUAAGGGUCCUCUGCCCACAGCUGAGCCAGUGGCGUAGCGUGGGGGAUGCAGGGGGGGCCGGCCGCACCGAGCGCAACAUCUGGGGGGGCGCGCUCGCACUCGCAGCUCUCUGCCCCUACCUGGCUCACUCUCUCUCACUGCAGUGCUGGCUGUGCGAAUCCGAUCCGAGCCGCUGGGUCGCCGCCCACUGUGGAGGGGUGGGUGCCAGGCGUGCGGUGCGGAGAGAGAGCGAGGGACUAUCUGGGGGAGGGACAGUGCAGCGGCCGCCCAGCGCAGCGCUGAGCGCAGGAGAGAACCACACCAGACCAGCCUAGGCAGCAGCAAGAAGAAGCUGGCAGUGGCGGCAGGUUAGGGGGCGCAAAUUACUUGCCUUGGCCCGGGUUAGGGGGCGCAAAUUACUUGCCUUGCCCCGGGUUAGGGGGCGCAAAUUACUUGCCUUGGCCCGGGUUAGGGGGCGCAAAUUGCUUGCCUUGCCCCGGGUUAGGGGGCGCAAAUUACUUGCCUUGCCCCAGGUGCUGACAACCCACGCUACGCCGCUGAGCUGAGCCCUGCACUUUACAUUGCAAAUGAAGCAAUUAUUAGACAGUUGUACCUUGGUUCUCGAACGCCUUGGUACUUGUAUGUUUUGGCUCCCGAACGCCACAAACCCAGAAGUAAGUGUUUUGGUUUGCAAACGUUUUUUGGAAGCCGAACGUCCGACGCAGCUUCUGCUUGACUUUAGGAAGCUCCUGCAGCCAAUCGGAAGCCACACCUUGGUUUUUUAACCAUUCCAGGAGUUGAACGGAUUCCCAGAAUGGAUUCAGUUCGAGAACCAAGGUACCACUGUACUGUGUGUAAGCUGUAGAGCCACAUUGGGGGAAGCAGCAGAAGAACAGACAUUAACUCCUUUAAAUGGUUUUCCCCCACUCCCCAACAAACAGUGCAUUAAAACUGAAGUACACGUGUUACAAGUGCUUCCUAACCUCUACCCAAAGCCCUUGUUUAUUAAGAAGCUUGCAGGCUUGAUACACAACACAUUUCGUACAGGAGAUGUUACUAUUGGCCUAACAAUCUGUUUAAAGGUGAUGUGCCAAAUCCACAGUUACCAAAGCACCAUCUGUGUUCUUCUCCUCCUCUUUGGAACAACUCAUUUAAUACAAGUACCAGUUGUGAUUUAAAGGCACACAUCCUUAACCAUAUUAACAGCUAGUUACUUAACUCGUUUCAGUAAAUAUCAUUGAUCAAAUGCAGGGAUACAAAAAAAAUCUGAUUUUUCACUAAAGGCAAAAUAUAUGAUUCCAGAAGCAGUUCCAGUGGGUUUGUUCCUGAGAAGUGGUGAUGUUUAGAAGUAUGCCUAAGUUUCAUUCAGUGACAGUGCCUAGAAUUAUUUCCAUUUCCUUUGCCCUUUAACUCUUUUUCUUAAGGUCCACAAUGAGGUACAGAAACCAUAGGCAGGUGGUGAGAGAAACAGAGCAAAGUUUCUAAAUUACUAUAGUGAAAUAAAUGAAGUCAUUGAACAUUUGAUUUUGAUUUAACUUACACAUUAAUUUCUUCUUUUGAUUAUUUAGGCUGUCGUCUUCUUCUUUGGCGAUCACUUGUAGCUGAGUAAGAUUGACCAUAUUAGAUACUUUCCGGGUUCCUGCUCCUUCAAGAAUAUAGCUAGGGGAAACUAGAAUUGUGCUACUGAUCUUCCAAGGAAAUAAGUUGGCCCUGGGCAAAAUUUUCCGCUCCUUCCCAUUGAAACUAUUUUGGUCAUAUUGAUCCAUCUAGCACAGUACAGUUUCCUUCAACUGCCAGCUGCUCUCCAAGAUCAGAAGUCAGCUGAGAUCCUUUUAACUGGAGGUGACGGGGAUUCAUCCUGGCACCUUUGACAUGCAAAUUGGGGGAUGUACCACUGAACUACAGGCCCUGGCCCAUUGCUCCAACUUCCAUUAUCCUUGAACCUCCUCUUCUCUGGUGAUCAUUCGUAGCCAAGUAAGAUUGUCUUCCAAGAAGACUGUCUUAACAGUGAGUCCGUAAGUGACUGUGGAGGCCAAUUCUGGAUCCACACGUCCUUCCAUGGUGGGGACAUAGGUUUCCAGGCGGGAGUUGAUUACGGUGAGGGCCUGCCAAGGGUGCCUUUCUCUUAGCUCAUUUCUCCCUUUUGUCCUGAGUUCAAGCGUCUUCAAAGUCCAUGACACCUUUGGUAAAGGCUGUUCUCCAAUUGGAGCACUCGCAGGCCAGUGUUUCCCAGUUGUCGAUGUUUAUACUACUUUUUUUAGAUUUGCCUUAAGAGAUCUUUAAACCUCUUUUGUUGACCACCAGCAUUAUGCUUUCUAUUUUGAAGUUCGGAAUAGAAUAGUUGCUUUGGAAGACUGUACAAGGCUGUACAAAGCAUCUUACUCCUAGUUCUUGCUGUGAUCUAGCAUGCAUUGAUAGGGCUUGCACUAGAGCCUUAUCAUUCUGAAAAGGGAUAGAAUUUCUAUGGUUUGGUAAAAGGAACUGUGUUGAAAUGUGUUGUUGAAAUAGCAGGUAAGGAGAGUUCUGCUAGAUUAGACUGAAGGCCUAUCAAUGCCAGAGUCCUUUGGCCAAGUCAUGUGGCUUGCUAGAUGGUUUGGGGAAGUUUAUACACAGUGCCUGGGCUGGGCUCUUCUCCAUCUGCCAUCAGAUGUCAGUUGUCUCUAAAAUGACAUUUCAUUUUGGUAUCUCAACUGAUAGUUGUUCUCCCUGAUCAAUUAAAACCACGUAAGCUAAGUGGCCCUCCUCACAGCAAUUUAUGGUAGUUAGGCCUAUGAAAUUAAUUGUACAUGGUGCGAAGAAGUACUUCUAUUUAAGGAUAACAACAGGAAGAUUUAAAGAAGGAACUAUUGGAAACUCAAGGCAGUAGAAACGUAAGAUGAUUAGAGCCCCACUGAACUUGAAGCAUGGGAAGCCCCAACAAAAAUUUAUAAUUUGGCAGAAUAUUUGGACUAUAUGAUAGGUAUUUGUAUAAUUUGGAGUACUUAAUGUGAUUUGAUUGGAUUGUUAAAAUGGAUAUAUAUAUAUAUAUAUAUAUAUAUAUAUAUAUAUAUAUAUGAAGUACUUCUAUUUAUCCUAUAUGUAUCGCCAAUCAGUUUUGUAGGGAGAGCCCAAAAUUCAGGUGUUUGGGGAGGGCAGAGUAGGAAGAUAGUUUAUUUCCCCAGUAUGGGCAAAAUCUAACAUUCGUUUCAUUUGCACACACAAAAAUGUAGAGCUGACCAGCUGGGGUUAACAUAUUCAUCUAAUGGUGAUAUAGCAGAAUACAGGCUCAGGGUACGUAGAAUAACCCCUAUUUAGACAUGUAGUCUGCAGUCCAGUACAUAGUGAAGAAUCGUCCUUAAGGCUCACUGGAUGGUAGCCUAUGUUGCUAAAACCACUGUUAUACAAAACUGUGUCAUGUUUUUACAGCAAGAAAUAUCUUCAACAGUCAUCUCUCUAAUAAAUUGCAACAGCAAAUGCUUUCACCAUC